GUGGCUAUAAGGGACCGGCCGGCAUCGUUCUUGCAACGAAGACUUCUACGCUUCUCGGAGUUGGAGCCGUAGUCUUUGCGCUUUUGUUCGUGCUGGUGGAUGUAUUCGGGGUCGUCAUUUUCAGCAUUUGGGUUCUUCUAUUCUUUGGUGGCGCGAUUGUGCCACUGGCCACCGGUGUGAUUAUGACCUGUGUUCCUCGCAAGCUGCGGUCAUUCGCGGCGUCGUUCGCGACGAUGAUGUACCAUUUGUUCGGAUACUUUGCCGGUCCCACUGUGAUCGGGGGAGUGGCUGAUGCGUACGAUGGUGUGCAGUGGGGCAUGCGCGUGUGCAUGAGCGCGUCUGGGUUUGGGGUGGUGCUUUUCGGCCUGGCUUGGCACUUCUCCGUACGCCAGUUGAAGGAAACCAGGUACUUGCAUGGCACCAAAAACAUGCCACAGUCUGAUAAGAAGAUCGUGUCUAUGUCGAACGACAAGUUUGACGCGCUGUCAGUCACUUCUGACAGUACUGACACGCCACAUGCGGAUGACGAGAUCAGCAAACAGAUGAUGGCGCGCAGCCCCUCAUCUCCAACGCUCGCACGCCACCGCAACGAGAAGAAGUUCUUGGACAUCAAUGUCAUCUCUGCGAAGAAUAUUUAAUGUGUCAACAUCAUGUGAUAUGAGUUGAGUGCGCAAUCAUAGAACGUUAAGCUAGCUAUUGAUGCAAGGACGCUUUCUGUGGUAUCCGCUGAGUAUAUAUAGGACUAUAAGUAUAGCUGUUGCACCAAGGAACUAUGAAACGAUGAAAGUGUUCUGUAGUAGCAGCAUGUGAAUACCGCUGAGCAUACAUAUAACACUAAUCAUAGCUACUGAUACAAAGAACCAGGUAUGAGCAGAAAGGGAUUCAUAGGUGUUGAUUUAGCGACAUCUGAUGACUUCUCACUUAGAUUCUGUAGACAUCAGUAUGAUACCAAAGCAACUGCUAUAUAGCGAGUUGAUAAGUCAACAACGAUGUACUACCGGCCACGAAUAUAUGUAUAUACCAACAGAUAAUUUGCCAGUUAUAGUGUUGGAUCAUGCUGACAACGAAUGAAGGGGGGUUGUCGCAUGCGGCCGGUUGCAGAAUGAGAGGAAUUCAAUAGCAUGCUAGUAAUGCAGCAUAGGUAUAACAAUAUAAAUCUCAAGUUUAGAGAUCUACCGCUUGUUACCGUCGGAGCUACCUCUUGAACGCCUGUAUGUCUCAUCCAACCAAACGCCUACACAAACACACAUUUAAUAUAUUAAAGUUUAUUAUUUUUGAAACGGA